GCAGAGUAGUAAAAGCUUAUUCCCCUCAUUUUCUCGCCUUUUUCUGGCUCACCAAACAGCCCCUCUCCUUCCUUCGGCGCUUUAUUCAAUUGAAUCAAUUCCCAUUCACCCCUCUCUCUCUUUCUCUCUCCCUCUGUCUCUCCUCCCUCUCUCGAGGAAUUAUUGAUUCAGUUUCUUUUCCAAACUCUGAGAGUGAGUCAGAAACGAGUCAUGGAUUCGAGACCUUCCAAAUCGAAGCCCCGAGUCGACUUCCUCAACACCAGGAACAUGAAGCGUUCUUCCUCUUCCAACUCGGACUCACACCAGGGUCAGCUCGACUCGCCCCACUCGCCUCUCCGAUUCCACUCCCCUCUCCGAUCCGACCAGGGCGACCCGGCCGAGUCCCCUCCUUACUCUUCCCCGAUCAAUUCGCCGGAGAAGCCCACCCCUCCCUCCGUCGACAACUCCAAGGCCGUCGUCGCGGUCGACAAAUUCACGCAGUACACUCCGCAGCCCUCCCCUCUACAGCCGUCGUCCUUGAAUAAUGCUGCGGCGGCGGGCAAGCAGCAGCCUGGGGCGCCUCCUCCUCCGUUCCGCGAGAUGGGAGCGUCUAUGAACCGAGCAGUGAGAGAGGAGGCCGCACCGUCGGUGAGGAAGGUAGGGCCGGAAGGAGGGAGAUCGGGAGCCGCCGUCGGGUCCAUACUGCGGCGCUCGGGGAAGGAAGACAUGGUUCGGCUCGCAGAGCUCUGUUUUCGGAUUGGUGAGCUGGUACUGUGCUUGAUUUCGUUCUCGGUGAUGGCGGCCGAUAAGACUCAGGGCUGGAGUGGGGAUUCCUUUGACAGAUACAAAGAGUAUAGGUACUGUUUGUCUGUAAAUGUGAUUGGUUUUGCUUACUCUGCAUUUCAAGCCUAUGAUGUCGGCUACUACAUGGGUACUGGGAAGCAUGUGAUUCGCCACCAUCUACGUUGGCACUUCAAUUUCUUCAUCGAUCAGGCACUGGCAUACCUUCUCAUCUCAGCAUCGUCAUCAGCAGCAACACGAGUGGAUGACUGGCAGUCAAACUGGGGCAAAGAUGAUUUCACUGUGAUGGCAACGGCUUCAAUUGCAAUGUCGUUCCUGGCUUUUGUAGCAUUUGCUGCUAGCUCUGUCAUCUCCGGUUACAACUUCUGCAACCGUGAAUCUAUCUGAAAACACACAUCAGCAUAUCUCACACGGCAAGAAACAAACUAAUGGGGCAAACAGAUUCAGGAGAAUGUCGAACCUCAAGAAAAUCAUUUGUAAGUUGUACAGAGAUAUAGAUUGUUCACUUCACUGCCCCUUCUCUAGUUUUCUUGUCUUUCUCUGAUAUAGAAAAUGUAUACCUAUUAGGAUUUGAGAAUAAUUUUCGGGUGUAUAUGUGCUUACUUGACCUCGAUGGCUUGCUACCAAUAACCCUUGAAGCAAUACCAGUUUGGGUAUCUGUUAGUCCUUCUUUCUCCUAGCAAGAUGAUCAUACAAUAACAAUUAUCUGUAAAGUUUACCCCCCUUCUCUUAUUGCAUUAAAAUUGCGAAGCAUUAGCGAGUUUGUUUACUUAGGCGGCGUGUACAAUCAUAUUAUACAGAACAGACUUGUCCCUCAAUUGUUACACAGGAGUCACUAGCCAGUAGUAGUAAACUCAGCGCCAAGCUUGAAUUGCCUGCUGCAAGCCCAACUGGCAGUAUACGGCUACUGGCGAGUUUUGUUGGCACUGGCGGCGGCUAGAAAUCAUAUGAUGUAGAACAGACUUGUCUUAGUAAGCUUAAAUAAUGAGAUUUGAUUAGAAGUUAGGAAUUAGGGUAAGAGUUUAUGCCUGGAAUCAGGAGACACCCAAUCUUGCUUAUGGGAGAUGGUGAAGGCGACUAAACAUAUCCCUGCUCGAAGAGGUGCAGAAGGCUCAUUGGCGAAGAAAGGAAGAAGGACGAAGAUGAAGGGAUGAGGGUAGGCUUUGGAAAAAAUAAAUCAAGAACGAGGGAUUUGGAAAUAGCUGAUGGGGAUUAGCUAUUUCAAAAACCCACAUUUGAGAGUUUUUGAAAUACUUAAUUGUAAAAAUCCUAUGAACAAGGGAUUGAUUUAGUGGUAAUACCACUAGUCAUGAACUUGGAUGUUCUAGGUUCGAGUCCCUUCAAAAAAAAAAUCAUCAACUUUCUCAAAUGCAAGAUUUUUUAAAAUCCUGCAUAAUGAGGAAUUGUUUUAAAAUCUCUCACUACAAUCCCUUAUCCAAACGACCCUUUGGGUAUUUCUCAUGAUCCUGACAGGGAAAAUCGUCACCUCUUAUCCUAUGACUCCGAGUUGGUAUAUAGGUUUUCUUUCUUUCUCCAUUGGCUUUUAGAUUGUUCUGGUUAUAUCCUUCCUCCAGAACUUGUGUCGUUCUGAAAUUGGAAGUGUGAACUAUGGGACGAGCGACGACUCUACACGGUCCAGCAAGCGGAGAUUGGAGAACGACGACUGGAAUUUCAAAAAAUGUUAUUUGCAUUGGGCCAAAUAUUCUCAAGUGCCUUGGAUUCUGUUGGGUGAGCAACAAAGGCAAUAAUGGUUUGGACAGGGCCCACGUGAAAAUGAGGAAUUGUUUUAAAAUCACUCACUACAAUCCCUUAUCCAAACAACCCUUUGUGUAUUUCUCAUGAUCCUGACAGGAAAAAUUGUCACCUCUUAUCCUAUGACUCCGAGCUGUGAUAUAUGUUUUCUUUCUUUCUCCAUUGGCUUUAGAUUGUUCUGGUUAUAUCCUUCCUCCAGAACUUGUGCCGUUCUGAAAUUGGAAGUGUGAACUUUGGGACGAGCGACGACUCUACACGGUCCAACAAGCGGAGAUUAGAGAACGACGACUGGAAUUUCAAAAAAUGUUAUUUGCAUUGGGCCAAAUAUUCUCAAGUGCCUUGGAUUCUGAUUGGGUGAGCAACAAAGGCAGUAAUGGUUUGGACAGGGCCCACGUGAGAUAUCCAGUAGAAUCACUUAUGCCAUGGGGAAUUCGACAAGACAGUAACAUUCACACAACACAAGAGUUUGAUGGUAUGGGGUGGGGACAGUAAAAUAAAUAGAUCAAAUUAUGAUUUGUUAAUGAUAAUGAGGAUAUCUCAAUAAAAUAAAUAGUAUAAAUGCAAUUGAGUGGUCACUCAAAUCAAAACUUAAUUCCUUUUUUUUAACUCUCCCUUCAAUCUUUCGCAUUUUCCCUCGUGUAUACAAGAUUAUGUUUGUUAGUUAUUACUUAGUCUCGAUGUAUCAGAGUAAGAGAAUAAUUAUUUGGACUACAUUGUCUAUAUCAUAUGGAUUAAUAGAUGUUUUAGGAUAAGAUGCUUUGAACCAUAUAAAGAAUGAUUGUCUCUUUGUCAACUUCAUGAUGUAGUAGGUGGUUUCACUACAGGAAAACUAGUUUCUAGUCACUAGAUCUUAUUCACAGGACUUUUCCCCAUACUAAGAAGUAUACUAGUAGGCACAGUAAAAAAUCAUGUACUUGAUUGUAUAGUUCUAAUCACGGGAAUUAAUUUAACAACUUUUCAUUUCCCGUGACUAAUUGUUAGUCACAGUUAAUUGUCGUGAACAAUGUGACUAACAGUUACUCGUAGUUAAUUACCGUAAACAAUGUGGUACUUUAUCUUUCCAAAUUUUAAGUAAAGAUUAAGAAGAAUUAAAAAUAUUAAUGAUGAAAGAAAAUUAAGAUAAACUAAACAAAAUGUCCAUACUAAUAAAUCACAGAAUUAAUACACCUUUACAUACCGUUUGGUAUAAAUGAAUUUCAUAAGUUUUGAGAAAUUCAUUUUGAAAUGAAAUGUUUUUGUGCUAGGUGUCGCAACCGUCCCUCGGGGUUGGGUAGCGUUCGCGCUUUGGAGUCGCCACCGAUCUUACUUGGAGUGGAUCGAACACUCUUCGGUCGGCUCUAACCCUAGGGUCAGAACCGAGACAUGGUCUGCGAUUAAGAUAUAUAGGUUCGGGAGUACGGUUACGUAUGGUGAAGUUAAGCAACACCCCCACAAUGCCCUAAAUCGGUACUAUUUAAGUUGAUAAGUUAUAUGUGUUGGGUGUGUUUAUGUAUUUUGAGGGUCCCACUGGACCGUUAAAGAGUUUUAUCGUAUUGAUUUAUAAUUUGAUUAUACGCCAACUAGCGUUCAUGUAAAAGAUAAAUUUUGUUAGUUAGUUGGACUCGAACAUUAGCUUAGUUUGGCCCUGCUGUAGCUUUUGCAGAAGCAGCUUCUUGCUGGAGCUUUUAGAUAUUUACUUUUAAAAAAAAGCAGUUGAGUGUUUGGCUGUAAAACUAUUAGAAGUGCUUUUUAAUAUAAGAGGUUGUGUAAAAUGACUAUAAAGGACUUAUAAUAUAAAAUAUGAAUAAAAAUUCUAAACAAUAAAAAGUAGUCAAAAUAGAUCUUGUUAGAUUUCUUUUAUAUUAAAUAAUAUAAUUUUAUAAUUUGUUUUAUUUUUAAAAUGAUAUAAAUGAAGAAAAAUUAUAUUUUCUGAAAUAUAAUUAAAAUAUGGUAAGGAUAAUCUUGUAUUUUCAAAACAGCUUUUCGCAGAAGCUGGGCUCGAAUUGGAUAAAAAAUGGGGCUCGAAUUGGGCUUCUAAUCUGGUUUUUUGCUAAUUGGUAUCUUCUUAUUUUUUGUAGGUACCUGGGCUUGGUUGACUUAAAAAAAGUUGGGCUAGUGGACCUAAUUUAUGUCUCAAAGCUCCACUUUAUUUGUAAUUCUCUCUUGUAAUUGUAUGUAAUUACAAUUGUUGGGGGUGUUACUAAAGACUUCGUGCACAGACUAAGUAGUGGAGCGCACAAUCGGCAAUGGCAACACUCGGUACCCGCUACAGGUAUAUAAGGGCUUGAAGCCCUCCAAAGAGAGGGACUUCUCCUCUCUCCUCACUUUCCACUUUCUACUAUCUCUCUACACUUUAUCUCUCUAUCUAUUCUCUCAACUCUCUCCAAAAACAGACACUGACUUGAUCGUCGGAGUUUAAUCCGGGGGACAACCCCGGCUCUUUCACAGGUUCCCUCCCUCUCGACGAGAUCAGACGAACAAAUCGUGAGUCAACCCCACACCAACAAUCAUUAUUGUUCAUACCUCGAGCUAGAUGGUACAAACAAUUGGCGCCCACCGUGGGGCUGAUCGAAAAUGCGUUCGUUUGAUUUCGAGGAGAGUUUUGAAUCUGGAAAAAGACAGAAGCUUCGUCGGGAGGAAACAAAGAGGAAAUAAAAAAAAAGAGAAAAGCUCUUCCUUCUCCACCAACCACCGCCGGUGAUGCACUUUCCUCCUACUCUUUUCCCAAGUGACCUCCCUCGAUGCAACCUCCUCAACCGCAACAUCUCCUCAACGACGCCAACUUCACCAAAAACAAGCAAAGAAAGAUAUGGCAAAAUUCUGUCUCCAAUAGCAAGAAUCAUGAAAACCGGGUACAACAUCUCUACAAAAGAACGAGGGCCAAGAAGAAAGCAAAAAAAAAAAAAAAAAACAGAUUCCGACCACCGACGACAUGCUCGGUGUCGGAACUCCGACGUGAAAAAGGUAGGAGGUGAAGUAGCCAUCACAAGCAUCUGAAACUUCGUCCACCUUUCACUCUUCCCAAACACCGUCGACUAGUCACUUCUCCUAUGUUACGGUGGGUCCACGAUUUGAGAAAAGACAGCUACCGUGUACAACCUUCUCUUUAUGUCAUAAAGAUUGGACAGGCGGUUUGACCGAGACGAAAUUGUGCAAGUUGAUGCCAGCCUGGAAAGAGUCAGAAAAGGAGAACGUUGCCACCAAUCUUUUCGCGCAGCUUCUCUACAUGGUGUUGCGCUUCCAGCCCUUCCAAGCGUGUUAACUUCUCCGCGGCGGUGCCAGUGCUCUUUGAUAGUCUACUUCUCGCGCCACGCCUGUACCAAACCUCGUCAUCAACGCGAUUCGAUGUCGUCGUGAUCUGCGCGGAAGCUCUAUCGCUCCUUCGACGGUCGCGCCACUAUCAUCCACCAAAUCGAUCAACUCUGCCAAUGGCGGUGGCUUAACCUGCGUUUCGAAAGCAAAAAAUUGUGGAAGAAAGGAAGAUUGAAGCA